CAACGUCACGUGGUAUGAGUCAGCUCGCCCCUACCUGCACAAAUCUAGCCCACCCUGCAUACGGACUCGACUUUCUUCUGUUUCGUAAUCCACAUUUGAAUCAUGUUUCCAUGAUCUCAGAUGCUAAUGCUACAUAAGAGAGCAACACCUGGAUGUUUGAAUCACAAGAAGACUAGUGUGUCUGAGUUGCUCCUCCAUUAAAACAGAUGUAAAGAUGUUGUUCAUUUUGGUAUUGUGUGUGCUGUUGUCCAGUUGUGGGGUAGGUGCAGAACGUUGCACCCCUCCAAAUCCUCUGUCGUUUGGUACGAGGGGGUGUAUUAGUGUACAAAGUUGUCGAAAGCAAUCGUUUGUGGUGUAUGGGAAAACAUGCAUUGUUCGUUGCAACAGUCGAGUACCGCUACAGAUGUGGUACUAUUCUAGUGUCUCGUGUCUUAGUGCACAGUCUUGUCGAGCAAGCUCGCGUGUGGUGUAUGGGAAAACAUGCUUGCGUUCCUGUCCCCCCGGGACGCUUUACCAACAGGACACUUCCACAUGCUACAACACGUGUCCGGCACAUACGAUCAUGGUAGGAUCGCGUUGCUUGAAUGGGACAUACUGUGUGUCCCAUAACAACCAUGUCCUGUUUAAUGGAACAUGUGUGCCGUCCUGUCCUUCCUCCAUGCCUUUCAAGACAAAUGGGACUUGUUAUCAGGCAUGCCCAGUUGAUACUGUUAUGAACGGGUCCGAUUGUAUGUCUCCGGCAGACUGUAUAGAGAGGGGAUAUUUCAUAGACAACACGACAUGUGUUAAAGUUUGUCCUCCCGACAAGCAGUCUAUCCUACAAGGUGUCUGUCUUUCCUCAUGUCCACCCGACAAACCUGUCACGGUAAAUGGAAACCAGUGUCAAUCAAAACAGGAGUGUACUCGCAGGCUGGGUCAAUUCAUAUACAACAAUACUUGUGUUCCUGUUUGUCCAGCUGCAGCUAUGUUCAGUGACCAGGGAUCAUGCACAACACUGUGCCCAACUGAGACAUGUGUUCUUGGGACUGAAUGCAUUUCUGACUUUGAUCGCCGAUAUAUGGUCAGUUUCCGAAAUGAAUGUAUUGACACCUGCCCUCCUGAAGCUCCUUAUGCAGUAGAUAGCAUCUGUUACUCGACAUGCCCUCCUAACACUGUGUUGAAUGAUGAAACAUGCAUAGGUUUGCAACAAUGCACAGAUGCAUAUUAUUACCUUUAUAAAGUCAUCUUCAACAAUACCUGUGUUGAUGCCUGUCCACAAUCUGCACCUUUAACCCAUUACGGAAUGUGUGUAACAAUUUGUCCAGAUGAAACUGUAGUCGCUGACAUGCAGUGUGUUGAUCCUUCUAUUUGUAUAAUGACCCAUCGGUUUAUAGCCAAUAAAACAUGUGUGUCCGAAUGUAAUGGCCUAGCACCCUACGUGGCCAAUAGCCACUGCCACCCUGCCUGCCCAGAUGAAUUUGUUGUUACAGCCCCAGGGAAAUUCCAGUGCAUUGGCGAAUCCGAAUGUAUAGAGAUGAAGAAAAUGGUAUCUAACAGAACAUGUGCAACAGCAUGUCCAGAAGAAGCUCCAUACAACAAGUCAAGCAACUGCUACCAAACGUGUCCACAGGAAACUGUUGGCUUGCCUGAUAUGAACUGUGGAAGUUAUCAAGAGUGCAAGGAGCAAGGGAUGUUUGUUCAUGAAUCCAAAUGUCUUCAUGAUUGUCCAUCAACGUUUCAGUAUAAAUUACACAACACAUGCAUCUUGGAAUGUCCUUCAAACACAAGCGUAUUCCCAGACAACAAAUGUGUUUCUAUAUCCGACUGCUCAACGAUAACAGACGCGGUCAAAUACAAUGGAGCAUGUUUGCCACAUUGUCCUCCUCAUGUCCCAUAUAACCAUUCCGGAAACUGUCUGUCGCAGUGUCCGUCAGGGUUCUUCGCAAAAGGUUUUGACUGCCUAGAAAAUGACAAGUGCUCAAAUGUCUUAUACAACGGAUCGUGCUUAUCAUCUUGCCCCCAAGAGGCACCAAACAGAAAGGACAGCAAUUGUUACGCCAUUUGUCCACCGGACACCUACAUUUAUCAGGAACAAUGCAUAGGUCAAUAUGAUUGUCAGGAGAAGAAGUUCUACAUCGCCGGCGGUAGUUGCGUGUCAACAUGCCCACCUGGUAGUGCAGGUUUCACAGAUUACGUCUGUUACCCCUUAAUAUAUGUGUAUAGCGCAAUUCAAGUUACGCCAUUUCUGAUGUUGACGGUGCUGAUGUGUCUGUUCUUCAUGGUUUAUAAUCCUAAGAAAUCAAGGGAAAUGAAUGCACCGCAAAAAGUUCAAAGAGAACAGCUCACAGAGUGUGAUAUGCUGGAGUUAGUGACGUUUGACAAUCUCCCCGAACAACAGCAAGACCGCGCUGAACUUCCGGAUGAAGAAAACAUGGAAGUCGUUUAGGAUAGAAGAAGAGCUGCUGUCAUUGCGAGAAAACAUGGAAGUCAGUUAAGACAGAUGAAGAGCUGCUGUCAUUGCAAGAACAGCGAAAUUCUUCUCAGAAAGCAACUGCUUUGAGUCACAAUGGAGACAUCUAUGGAGUUACGAACUGUUUCAAUAACGGGAUUAUCCAUCCACGAAGAGACCACGACGAUGUGCCGUUGUUACAAGUAACAUCAGAAGACGAGCCUUUGAUCCAGCACACUGAUGAUGCAUUCGUGUUUGGUGAUGGAACGAACUGAAUUGACCAGAAUGAUGAAAGUGAAAAUGAUGGGUUGGUGGCUAUCCCCAUUGGCUUUUUAGCCAAUGAUUAUCAGUUUACAUUAAUCUGCUCUGAAUAGGUGUAUUUUCUGUAUUUUGGUUGCUGUCCUGAAUUUGUAAUUGGGUGCUUUAAUCGUACUUUCUUACUUAGUAUUAACUUUCUGUAACAACGCUUGUUUGUUUAUUUCCCUGCUUGUUUCUUUGUUCUAUAUGGCUAUUGUCUUCUGUUGGCUUGUUAUCAUAUUUUUUUAAAUGCACAUAAGUGACCCAUGUAUUUAUAGUUGUAUAUAUCUAAAGUAUAUAUGGUAUGGCUAAAGAUUUUGCUUCAAUUAACAAGCAGCUUUGAACGUACACGAUCAACAGGUAACAAAGAAAUAUUUUAAAAUUAAUUUCAUCUCAGGAUAAGGGACUGUCAUAAGCAGUAACAAUUUUCAGUUAUUCACAAUUGUCCAUUUUUUAAUAUUUAUAUUCAGUUAUAAAAUAGACUUUUUGUAUUAAACCAUAUUGAUUAAUAUUAAAUCUGAAGACUCUUGUACAGAAAUAGUGUUAGACGCGAUGCCGUGCAAAGACAAUGUCGAUUGUGUACAAUGUGUGACAAUUAGUUCAAAUCUUUUUAUUCAUCAAAUAGUUUAGGCUACGGGUCCAUUCCACAUCACCGCGUGUAGACCGUGAGAGAAUAUCAUAUCCAGUAUGCAAAAUAGAUGCUGUUUACAAAGUCGCAAUCUCAUUGCUUUGUCGGUUGACGCCAUCAAAAUAUCAAACCUUUUUAAUGUUGGUUAUAGAAUUUACGUGGUAUAUAUUUGCAUCUCAAAUGAACCUGUGAAGAUCCGGGGAAGAAUAGGUCUUGACUUGCUAUUUCAAAUGUCUAUGUUUCAUUGUAUUUUCGGGUAUGUUUGUGUAUCAAUUAAUAGAUUUAUUGGAGGCGUGUGUGGUUGUUGACGUGGGGUGUGCAUGUUGCCAACGCCUCAUGUUGUUGCGCCACUUUCUCAGACAUUAUGUAACCUGAAACGCCCUGGCUAUGUGGAUCCGUGUAACUACAUAUUUAUUUGUUCAUUCUUUACAAACUUACGAAAAUAGCGAAUAUUUUAACACAAGAACUGUCUCACUUGGGACUGAUGAAAUCUAUGUGCUGGCAAUUCAAAGAAACGUGCUUAUGUCUGAAAUGAACUGUUGAGUAAGAAUUUUUAUACAAAACUUGAACCAGUUAUGUUUUUUGUAUGUAUUUUUAAUGUUUAUGAAUUAUUUAAUAUAUAUUUUACUCCUACAUAGAAAUGAUGUAACUAUACAUGGCACCUUUCUUAGCGCGUGUGUACAUGUUAGGUCGAUACUUUGCGGUAAAAGUGCAUGUUCCCUUCAAACAAUUACAUACAGACAAAUAUUUUGUACAUAAAAAUUGUAUAGACGCAUCUUAUUAUUUUCAUGCGUCGAAGCUUACCCCUGAUAUGAUUUUUAUAAUUAGAAAAAACUAAAGUGGAAACAAAGUGACUUUUAUCCUAACUAUUUGAGAGAUGUGACCCUUAUUUUUAUUGAGUGGUUUGGGCCUAGCAGAGGGGCGUGAUCUGAGCCGUGAGUGCUUUGAUUGGUUUGUUUGUUUGUUGUUUUACGCCGCACUCAGCAAUAUUCCAGCUACAUGACGGCGGUCUGUAAAUAAUCGAGUCUGGACCAGACAAUCCAGUGAUUAAUAUCAUGAGCAUCGACCC